AUGGCAAUGGAAGUAAUUUCUGGAAGAUCGUCUUCUUCUACUUUGAAUCCCAACGCUCCGAUGUUCGUUCCCUUGGCUUAUCGGACGGUGGAAGACUUCUCCGACGAGUGGUGGGUCCUCGUUCAGUCCAAUCCUUGGUUCCAAGACUACUGGCUCCAGGAGCGCUUCUGUGAUCCACAAACUGAGUCUUCCUUCCUUGAUAUUUACGAUCCCGACCUCUCUGAAUUCGAUGCCCUAUUCGAUUACGAAGAUGAGAAAGUAGAGGGUGAUGCAGAUACUACGACGGACUUGAUCAGUUUGGGAGCAGGGAAAUGGCGGAAGGGCCGUGCUCCGGUGGAAGCUCCGAGGUACAUCGAGAAAGCACCGAAGUUUGUGAAGCCGAAAAUGAGUCCAAGGACGAUUCAACAGCCGAGGUAGAUUCGAGUCAAUGUUCGACUCAGUGAGUUCGGUCGCGAUUUCCUAACUUAUCUGCAGUUUUUCUUUUUUUCUUUUCGUAAUGUAAAUCUUUCUUGUACAGAGUAAUGACUUUAGUAGUUGGUACUCGUCGUAGUCCUAGUUUUUAAUUUUACGACCGUUCUUGUAAUUGCGACCUUUUAUUGUGGAAUAAAUAGAAAAACAAAUUUACAGAGUAAGAAAAA